AUGUUGUUGUGCGCAGGUAUUAUCGCAGAACACGGCUCAUCAGCGAUGCAAUUGGAUCUGACCCUAGACAUACACCUACGCCUGCAAGGGUGCAGACAUUCUUUGACGAUGGGUAAGUUCUCGGCAAAGAUAGAUGAAGUGAAUACCGUAGUCGGUUCUCCACAGUCGUACUGUACUGUCGAAUAUCCCUACUACGUAUUCAGUUGA